AUGGAUUCUUCUUCUUCUUCUUCAUCUUCAUCAUCUUCACAUGGAGUAAGAAGUAAUUCAAAUAGAUAUAUAAUUAAAAGAAAAUAUGAUUUUAAAGUAUCGACCAAGUCAGAGACAUUGUCAUUGUUACCAUCGAUCAUUCAAUUAAAGAUAUUUAAAUAUGUUGCUGAACAUACAUCAAAUAGUCAAUUGUGUCAAGUCUAUGGAUUGGUAUGUUGGAAGUGGUUUGGUUACGUAUCAAACUUUAUCGAUAGCAAGUCUAGAAUCACUGAUCGUGUCAUACCAUCUAUCAUUCCACACCUAGUUGCCAAGAGAAAUCAAAAGAAUUGUCUCAUACAAUCAAUCAAUACUAUGGUAUUUGAUCAAUACGAUCAUAUUGCUUUAGAUGUACCUUUUAAAUUUACAAAUUCAUCUUCUUCCUCUUCAUCCUCAUCUUCCUCAUCCUCCUCUUCAUCAUCAUCACAAAUUCAAACACAUAAUAGAAAAUCAUCAAAAGAUAAUAUUAUUAGUAGAAAAUUGACAAAUGAUGAGAUAUCAAUGGUUGAAACAUUCUUGUAUAGUAAGCUUGAUUCAUUACAAUUCAAUCUUUGCUCGAAUCUAGAGAUAUCAACAAACUUUGAGUCGAUUGUAGAUGGUAUUAAAAGAACGCAGGGUGCAAUUAGUGCGCCAGACAAGGGUAUUAAAAAGAUGACCUACUUUAACAGGGCUGCUUUUUUACUGCGCACCAUCACCUCACUCGACUGCGUCACUCGUAAUAUGACCGAGAUGUCUAUUCAAUGCGACCAUAUCAACCUGCAUAUGGCAGGCUCGCUGGCGUCGUUUGUAAAGGACAGACGAGAGACGCUGGAGAAGCUGACAUUGUCGCUGUUUAACAUUCCAGGACUGAUUGUCGACUUUUUCCAGGACGUCUUCUCAGUCACCUAUCCCAAUGUCAAGUACUUGCAUUUUGGAAGCAUGGACUAUGUCGAGCCGUUCAACUGGUUGUUGCUGCCAGGUGCAUUCCCCGAUCUCGGCGAGAUUGGCGUGUAUUGGCGUAAUUUGACGUUGCCAGACUCUGGAGACUACCAAGAGUCACUCGUCACCUUUCUCCAAGGUAUACGUAACCCGACAUAUCUACGUACAUCGCUCAUUAUGACAGCAUCCAUGAUCAAAAUGCUACCAAUGGCAAGUCAAUUUUUGAAACUUAAAUUCCGUAUCAUCAAGUCGUACGAUAUCCCAGUACUCUUUCAUCGAUCACUGUGUCACCUAUCGCUGAGCUUUAUGGGUGGCUAUGUAUUCAAAAAAGAGUUUAUCACACAGAUAUUCCAGGGUAUGGCCGACAAUAAUCCAAAUAUCAAGACACUCACCAUCUGGGACUUGUCAAUGAUCAAUGCCGAACAACUACUCAUUUAUUUGCAGUCAGAGGCUGCCAACAGUCUCGAGGAACUAGUACUUUGUGUACGUGGAUCGGUCAAUGAUGACUACUCCAAGUUGGCCAACAGCAUUUCAUCUCUACGUAGCCUAAAAAGAUUGGAAUUCAAGGGAAUCGGUCCACUCAACACUGCUCGUUCACAACAACAAUUACAAGACAUCAAGUCUAUCCACCAACAUUCAAAGUCCAUUCAAAUUAUCCAAAUCAUUCUUCCAAGUCCAGAGUUUUCUCCCAACUUGGAUUUAACUUGUCCAGAAGAUUUUGAAAUGUUGCCUUUACAUAAUGAUGAUGAAACCAAUAAUAAUAACAAUAACAAUAAUAAUAAUAAUAGUAAUAAUCAAUCAUCUACACCCUCAAAUAAUAAUUCCAGUCACUCUCAACGUAGAAUUACUAUUCCUUUUUGUAAAACACAAUAA